GAUUGCUCUCCGCGCAAGUUUUUUUUUUUCUGCGGCCUGCGCUGGCCGUCUGUCCCGCCUUGCUUGUCGAUCCUGCAAUGUUGCUGCUGCCGCUGCCGAUGCGCAUAUCCCUGUGAUCUCUCCAGUCGGCCAGCGUAUUCGCACGCUAGUCCCACAGCCCCUCCCCGUCUGCAUCGAUUCCCUGCCAGCUCUUUCCCAGCCAAUCUUGCUUCUGGGCUGUGGAACGAGCGUUCACUCCCGUGUCCAGAAUCGCCGUAUCGAUCAAAGGCCGUUCCAGCGUUCUGCUUCCUUUUCGGCCUGUUGCUCUCCAGCCCCCCCCCCAUCCGAGCUUUCAACGGCCUAGUGUUGGACUAUGGCCAGCGUGCUUCGACCAACGCACGAGCGCUCUUAUCAGAUGGAUCACAACCGCCAAGACAGCGACUCUAUCUUCCAGGAUGGCCGGUCUAUGCUGUCGUCUUCGCCUCAGCAGCUAGACCGGACCCUGUUCCUCGACCAGCCAUCCUCGGCCGGCCCUGCAACCCCCAUCGUCGAUCCCGCUCGCAAGGCCUCCAAAAACUCGAUAUUCGAGGUCUCCCAUGCCAUCCCCAAGCCGCUCUCGAAAAUGUCGGCUGAGGAAGCAUACCAACUGCUUUCCCCCUCGGCAACCCCUGUCACCCCGGCCCCGUCCGGCGAUAAGCGUCCCUCACGCAACUCCAUCUUCGAGGUUUCGCAUGCCAUCCUCAAGCCCGCCCUCAAAAUGACGCCCCUGGAGGUCGAGUCCCUCCGAAGGGGCACUUAUUCGGAGGCCAACACCGGCAGCCCCCAAGCCACUUCAGGUGCCUUCGAUAGUAUCACCAUCCCCGUUGCCUCGCCAUCCUUCCAGAACCACAGCAGCUAUGUUUCCUUGGGCAUUGUCCCAAGCGACAGCCCACGGGAAAUCACCAGCCCCGGCCGCCCGCCUCCCUUCCUGGCCAUGCCCUUCACUGCCGCUUCCCCAAGCGAAACGGACCAUUCGUUCGCCGGCAGCGGCCUGGACUGGGCCUUUAUCGACAAUCCCGCCGCCCGUGGCAUGCGAAAGUCGCACACCCAGCCCUUUUCGAUUCUGGGCGAGGGCAGUACUAGCAGCAGUACCGGCAGCGGCGGCGAUAGUUACAAUCCGUGGGUCGUCUCCUCGCCAGUCUCGUCCCCAACCACGACAGAUGCACCGCCAUUGCCGAUAAAACCCAACCACAGCCGCUUUGCCUCAAAUCCAGUGCGCCAGCUCACGGUGCCUGCAGAUCUUUCCAGCAUCACCAUCCCCAGGGACAACGACAACAUCAGCCUGGCCUUCAUCCCGUCUCGACAGAACUUUCUCGGCGAGGGCCGCUAUGCUUCGGUUUACGUCGGACACUACAUUCUGCACGACGACGCCGAUGGCUCGAACUCGUCCAGAGCCCCGGCCACGACCGCCACGACCGCCAUCCAGGGAACAGAAUGCGACUUCAAGCCAUGUGCCGUCAAGGCCCUGCACGCGACCGAGGAGAGCCAAGCCAUCGGUCUGUGCGAAUACGAGAUGCUUCGGCGGCUCAAGCACCCGUUUGUCAUCAAGCUCAUCGGCUUCAAGCGAAGUGGAGACUUGGCGCAGCCCGACCUCGCCAGCGAGGCUGCCCAUCUGUCCUCGCAGUCAAAGUCGCUCCGACGCAAGAGUUUCUUUGAAAAUACAGCAGCAGCAGCAGGGAUCCCGGAUUCCAACAUGCUUCUGAUCCUGGAGUAUCUGCCCAACGGCAGUCUGUGGGACUGGUCGCAGAAGAACCCGACCGCUGUCGGCCGCAAGCUCUUUGUCAAGUGGGCUGCAGAGCUGCUCUCGGCCAUAGAGCACACCCACAGCCUCGGCAUCAUCCACCAUGACAUCAAGCCGCACAACAUCCUUCUCACCGAGUUCCUGGACAUCCGGCUGGCCGACUUUGGAAACGCGUGCCGGAUUCCUGAACCGCAAACCCCACGAUCGCCCGAGGUUCAGGACUACGCCGGAUCGCCCGUCGUCGCAUCGAUUCCGUUCCAGCUCCGCGACGGCCUGGGACGAGGCACACAGGCCUACACUGCGCCCGAGCUGUUCACCACCGAUCCCUACGGCACCGCCGUCGAUGUCUAUUCCGCCGGUGUGACCCUCUACACCCUCAUCUCGCUUGUCGAGCCCUUCAGCCGCUCCAAGACCAGCGUGCAGAUGCUCCUCGGAAUCCGGCGUGGAUUCUUUGAGUCUGGUCUGCAGGCGCACGAGGAGCUGGACGAGCGUCUGGUCCGGUUCGGCAGUGGCGAGAAGGUCGAGAGGCUGAUCUGCGAUGCAGUCACCCAAAUGGUCAAGUUUGCCCCGGCCGAGCGCGGCUCAGCCAAGUAUUUCGCUCGCCUGUUUCACGAUCUCUGAGGCUGUCCUUGCGUGGUUGUAUUGCUUAUCGAACCUCUGGACACCAAAGGACACUGGCGCACCAAAGGACGUUAGAUGCCGUCUCAUCAUUUCGGGGGGGGGGGUUUUUUACUUUGACUUGCUGCUGCUUUUGGGAUGGGUCAUGGUGCGCGGCUGCGUGCUCUCGUUCGCUGACACUGCGGCUCGUGCUUUGAUUCUUGUCCGGGCGACUCUGUUUCUUUUCUGUUUCUGUCGAACCGAGCCAAUGUACGCUUUACACAUGGGCAAAAUGGACACCUUUCAUAUUCCCGCAUGUCAGCGCAGUAUGGG